AUGGUCGUUCUCGAGAUGAGCAACCUCCCAAAGAAAGUCGUCGAGACGAGCAACCUCGAGAAGAAAGUCACGAUGACGAUUUCAUCAGUCCAACAGCAACAGCAAACCGCAUCCUUUCCUUCAUUCAAUGACCAUCAGGAAGAGGCGCGACAGCAUAUUGGCCGCGCUGAAUGCGUCAAUGCAGACCGAAUUAAGAAGCCACGCAAGCCAACGAUCCUCAGCUUUCUCUUCCAGAAUCAGGUUCAAGACCGGAAGGCUGCUGUUGCUGCUGCUUCAAGUACGCCAGCCGAAGCGGCGGAGCUCACGGCAUUGAGCAUUGCUGAUUUGCCUAAUGGCAAGAAGCGUGCAGCUGCUAUUAUUUGGGCAACAGCAACCUACAUUCGCGCCAUGUCCACGGAGGAGCAGGCCGCGCUUGCUGCGGAGAAUGACGCUGCACAUGCGUCAUCUCGCGGUGGUGCCUCUCAGGGGAAAGAGCUCACUGGUGCCAAAGCUGUAAAGCAAGCUUUCGAGCGCACGGCAGCUGUAGUGUAGGAUCUGAAGGCUUUGAUGUUAUGAUGGUGUUUUACAUCAUCCAGCGCUGAAAGAGUGAAGUGGACUUCUCGGGGGGGAGGGGGGUUGACAAUCAUUUACCAAAAAAACUGGCUGCGAAUGUCCAGAGCAAUUGAUAGAGCCCUUUGCAAUAUUCAGAUAGACAGACCAGUCGCGUAGGUUCCUUAGAUCCUGAUGCUGAUUAACUUGACGUUUG